AUGAUGGAUGCGGCCGGUGAUGUGGGUGAGGACCCUAUGGAAAGUGACACAGACGGAAGGACCACACCAUCGGUCCAAAGGGCAACCUCAACAGCAACCUCGAGUGGAUCUCACUUUUCACCUGGCAAGCACUUGGAUUAUGAAAGCGACGACGAAAGGCUCCGCCUGAAAGAGACUAAAGCAGAGCUGUUGGACCAGUGUUUCCUGGUGCAGGGCAAAAAGCUCCUUGAGCUAUUUUUCCUCACCAGAUGUAACUGUGAAGUUAGCGAGAAAGGACGAUGGGAAGGUCAAGAUGUUAUAAACUCAAGCCGCAUCGACAAGUUGUACCUCGGGAACGCUCUUGCGUGCAUUGCCGCCACUACGACUGGUGUGCGAAUGAAUAAACUGACGCAGUGGAGUACACAGCUUGGACUAGGAUUACCAUCAUUAUCGGCGUACAAGCGAGUCUUUACAGAACUCAGACCGUCUAUAGAAGUCGUUCACGAGAAACAUCGAAACAGGACAAUUCAACAGAUACGAACGGCCUAUGAGGUAAAAUGGUUGAAGAACAACGCGAAGGAUGUCCCACUCCCUGGGACAGCCGUAGACGGCGCGUUUGACUCGCGCAGCCAUAGUGCCGAACUUUGCAAGGUUCUCGCCGUCGACCUUAAGAUCAAGCUCUGUAUCCACACAGAAGUCGUGAGCCGCAGGGAGACAGGGAAUGUCAGUGGAGCCAUGGAAAAGGAGGGCUUCCGCAGGCUGCUGCGGUUUGAGAUCGAGGGACAUCCCUGUUGGCUCGAUCUCAACCGACCGCAGCGCCAUGCCGCUAAGCGAAAGAACUGCGAGGUGCUGAAACCGUGGAUACAAAGUAUAAAGAAGCACCUGUAUUAUGCAAUAGACCAGGGUGCUCUGACUAACAACAAAGAGCAUAUAAGGCACAUUUUCAAUGGGUGCUUGAACCAUGUGGCUGGCAUCCACGAGUGGAGCAAGGAAGCCAUUACCGGGCCCUUGACACAGUGUCAUCAUCAGGCACUUUCGAUGGAUGAACGACGGCAAAAACCGGUCAUUGCUAAAGGGACACCGGCACACGAAAAACUGAAAGAAAUUCUUCUGCAGCCGCUGUUUCAAAAGGAUCUCGCAAGGGCUUGUUCCUUAGGUGGAACUAGCCCUUGCGAGACUAAGAAUGCCCUUGAUCGGUUGUAUUGCCCAAAAGAUCUUCACUUGCCGCGUGCUACCUAUACCAUUUACACCAUGAUGUCCACACUGCACAUGAACGCACUGAAAGAAGCGGAAUUGAGAGGAGAACGAGUUGUGGAAAGGCGGGACAUCAUCAAGCGAAAGUUCAACGACUACGAGUCCAUACUUCGCCACAAAACGCCAAUAGAUCAUCUCUGGCGCAAAGAGAUUUACACCGCAUUCAUAACUCACCGAUCCAGGUUGCCAAGCGCAGUACCACUGGAAGGAACAUAA